AUGAGCAAUGCAAAUGGAAAUAGCAAUGGAAAACAAAAUAAUGAUUUAGAAGAUUUACAAUCAUUAAAUUUAUUACUAUCAAAUAGUAAUAAUAAUAAUAAUAAUAAUAAUAAUAAUAAUAAUAAUAAUAAUAAUAAUAAUAAUAAUAAUAAUAAUAAUAAUAAUAAAAAUAAUAAUAAUAAUAAUAGUAAUAUUAGUAGUAAUGGUAAUAUUAAUUAUACAGAAUCACAAACAUUUAAAGAGCAUCCAAUAGGUUUACCAAAACCUGUUCAAGAAUUUGUUACAAAAUUAAUGACACAUAGAAACAAUUUAAUUGAAACCAAUGCAAUAGAUAAACCAUUUUUAAUUCCACCAUCAAAAGAAGUAGUUGAUUUAUUUAAAACUUAUAAAAAGUCAAUGAAUGAUGCUAAUGGUAUUCAAGAUGAGGAUCAAGAUGAUACAGAUGAUGAAUUCGCUUUAUUACCAGAUGAUCAUUAUGAUGAAGAAUUAAUUUUAGAUGAAGAUUAUCAAGAUGGUAAUGAUGAAAAUGAUACUAAUAAUAGUAAUAAUGCAAACACAACUACACGUAAUAAUACAACUACAGCAAUUCAAAAUAAUGCUUUAACAAUACCAAAUUCAUCAUCAUCAUCAUCAUAUAAUUUAAUUGAGGCAAUUGGAAAUUUAAAUAAUAAUAAUACUUUAGGAACAACUACCACCACAACGACAACCACCACUACAACAACAUCAUUACCAGAUUUAAAUUUAAAUUUUGAUUCUUCUGAAUUAUUUAAAAAAUUUAAAAAUGAUAACCACCAAAAUCAUGAUAGUAAUAUAAAUAAUAAUAAUAAAAUAUUAAAUGAUGGAUUAGAUGUUACAAAUUUAUUAAAAAUUAAUAAAGAAUAUCAAGAAUUUAUUAAAAAAUAUUUACAAAAGAUUGAAGAAGAACAAAAGAGAAAUAAAGAGAUGUUAGCACAAGCUAGAAAAUCAAUUCAUGUUACAAUUGGACCAAGAACUAUUAAAGGUGGUGGUUUUAGAAAGAAAGGUAUAGCAAAGGAACAACUUGAUAAUAGUGAUAGUGAUAAUGGUGGUGGUGGUAAUGGUGGUGGAUUCGAUGAUGAGUAUGUAAAUUGUAGUUGUAUUGGUACAUGUAUAUGUAUAGAUUCAAAUGGUCAACCACUUUUUAAAAGAAAGAAACCUGGUAUUCCAUAUUUUUCAUUUGAAGUUGAAGUUGAUGGUGUAAUUCAAACUCAUUAUCCUGCCGAUAAUCCUGAUAGUGAGAAUAUUAGAAUUACAAAGAAUAAUAUGCCAUUAUAUUUUAAAACUAGAAGAUGGACAAAGAAAGAAUCUGAAUUAUUAUUAAAAGGUAUAAAAGAAAAGAAUUUACAAAAGAAACUUUAUAGAUUAUCAGAGGAUAAAUUAUCAAAAGCAGAAUAUGAAAAAAAGCUUAAACAAAUUCAACGUUCAUCAAAUAAUAAUAAUAAUAAUAAUAAUAAUAUUAAUAAUAAUAACAAUAAUAAUAGUAUCAAAGAUAAACAAGAUUUUGUUGCACCAACUAUGCAAGUGAUAUCUCAAGUUUGUGUUGAAAGUUUAACACGUUCACCAUUGGAAGCUUAUUUGAGAUGGAAGAAUCAUGAUGAUCCUUCAAUUAAUAAGGGACCAUUUACAAAAGAAGAGGAUAAGAAAUUAUUAACUUUAGCAAAGAAAUAUGAUGGCCAUGAAUGGGAGAAGAUUUCAAUUGAAUUGGGUACUAAUAGAACACCAUUAGCUUGUAUUCAAAGAUAUCAAAGAAGUUUAAAUAGUAAAAUGAUGAAAAGAGAAUGGACAAAGGAAGAGGAUGAAGUUUUAGCUGGUGUUAUUAAACUUCAUAUGCAUGGUGAAAGAAUCGAUUGGCAAGAGAUCACCGAAUACAUUCCAGGUAGAACAGGUCAUCAAUGUUUACAUCGUUGGCAUAAAACAUUGGAUCCCUCAAUUAAAAAGGGUCGUUGGUCACCUGAAGAGGAUCAAUGUUUAAUUAAUGCUGUCAAUGCCUAUGGAAAAGGUAAUUGGAUUCUCAUUAAAAAUCAUGUAAAAGGUAGAACCGAUGUACAAUGUCGUGAACGUUAUUGUAAUGUAUUGGAUCCACAAUUGACUAAAAUUCGUUGGACCCCUCAAGAAGAUAAACGUUUAUUCGAUAUCACAAAUAAAGUUGGUAUUGGUAAAUGGUCAGACGUUGCUAAACUCAUGGAAAAUCGUACUGAUAAUCAAUGUUGGAGACGUUGGAAACAAUUGAAUAAAUCAAGUAAUGUAUUAAAAGAUUAUCAAGAAAAAGUCUCUAAAAAGAAAGAAAUUUGUGUUAGUAAUUUCUCUGGUCGUAAACAUGAAAGAUCAGAAUUAACUGUUGAUGAUGUUAUUGAAAUUGAAGAAAAAUUAAAUCCAAAAUCAAAUAAAAAAACUAAAACCUUAACCUCAACAACUACAACUUCAACAAACCCAACAACAAAUAAUAAUAAAACAGACAAUAUUGAUAAUCAAUGUGGAAAAAAUAAUGAUUGUAGUACUUUUUGUGGUAUUGAUGAUCAUUAUGAUGAUGAACUUUUACAAAAAGAUUAA